ACUACAUAUUCGGCGUGCGGGCGUGUAGCGUCACGGGCGGCGUGUCAUCCACCACAGAUCGCAUGUUGAUCACGAAGCCGCCUGACUGCGAGACGUGGCUCAUCUUGUCUUUUAAAGCGCCUUUCAAAUAAUGCAAAUGUAACCAUCUUUGUCGGGAAUAACGGAAAGUGUUCUGGAAGCAGGAUGUCCUUCUACGCUGUCAUUAUACCGGUUCUCUGUAUCAUUUUUUCGGCUUGGCAGGUGAGUGCAAAUGAGGAUUGCUUGUGGUACGUAGACAAAAAUGGAACCUGGCACAAUGGCUUCGACUGCCCACUCAUAACCUUCUGCUGUGGGAACUGUCACCGCCGCUACUGCUGUCUCGAUGGCUUCAAGAUGAUCACAGAAGCGGGACAGAAGCGCUGCAUGCUCUUCCAUCUCAGCCCAUCUACUAUAGCUGGCAUUGCUUCAUCGAUCCUGCUCUUUGUGGCUGCAAUUGCAACUAUGGUCUGUUGCUUCAUGUGUUCCUGUUGUUAUCUUUACCAGCGACGCCAGCAGCGGGGCAGAACUCCUUAUGAAGCCCAGCACAUUCCAAUGGCCAGCUAUCCAGUGGAGCACAUGUAUGACGCUUAUGGUAAACCAAUUGGUCAUCCGGAAUAUCCUGGAUAUCCAAUGGUGCCUCAGUAUCUGAUGAUGCCCCAGGGUCCUUACCCUCCUCAUCCUCCUGAUCCAGGAUUCAGUCAAGCAGCUCCUCCACCGUACUCUCCUCCCCAGUACCCUGGGCACUGAAAGAGCUGAAGCCCUCCCUCUGCGAGGAGAAGAUAACCUGUACAAUGGGUAAUGAAGAGGGCCCAUGCUUGUUUGGAAUCCCUUGUAUGAGAAUCCGUAUAAAAAAGUUGAGUUAUGUUAUUUAUUUCUUAAUUUAAAUUAAUUUGUGGAGUGAAGCAUGAACUGACCUCGGAAUCGCCUCACACGUCGGAGUAUUUUCUUGUUUGAUGUCUCCUUCCACUUAAACCCAGCAACUCACACACUCAAAAGACUGCUAUAGAUGUGCCAUUAUGCUUUUGUCAAACUCUCCAACAAAUGGUCCAUUAGAUAUGGCUGUCCUGCAGAAGAGAAUUGCUGACAGUUUUGACUCGCCCAGGAUGUUGUUUUCUGUUCAACCAAAUAAGAAGCAUUUGUCAUUCGCACUUUAAGCUGCAAUAGACAUGCUUAGCUGUCUCUCCCUGCUCGUUUCUUCGAAAUGCAUUUAUUUCUGCAUGUCAUGUGCAUCAUAAACAUCCGUAGGCUUUAGAUGUUUUACAGACAUGCUGACAUGAGACAGGUAUUUUAUAGACAGUUCACAUGCAGUAUGUAAAUAAGAGAGAAUAUAAGAAAUGUUAGUGUCGCAUAGCAUCUUCACAACCAACUGAAACGUCAUUGUGUGCGUUUGAAGUUUGUCAUUUGUCGUUAGAUCAGGCUUCAAUUUAAGCCGUGAUGUUAACAUUCGUUAGAUCUGCAUGUCUUUAAUUGUAACUCAAGCUACCUAUAGGCCAGCUAUCGAGGAGAUCACUGUAAUGUUUGCAUCCUGUUAGCUGUCUAUCUGUUCUUAUUCAUUUCAAAAAGAUCGUUUUCAAUCCGUAAAACAUUAUAUUAUAUUGUUACUUUUUAAAAACAGUGUCAUUUAAGCAAAGUCCCUUUAAGCUAUGUUAAUUUCCGCAUAUUUGUCAUCAUAUUUCACCCAAAAA